AUGGCCAAAGCCGCGCGACCGGCUCUGCUCAGCGGCCCAUCAUCAUUAUCCUUCACGUCGUCUUCGCCGUUUCUAGUUCUGCUUCUGGCGCUGUGGACGGCAGUGCUGCCUCUCGUGUUCGCCGCGGCGAUGCCCAACCUGUCGAUGAAGAUUCCGCGGGUCGGCAACCCAGUGAUUGAUGGCUGGUACGCUGACCCCGAAGCCCGUAUCUUCAACCACAGGUACUACAUCUACCCCACUGUGUCGACGGUGUAUGAGAAGCAGACCUACUUCGAAGCCUUCUCCUCGCCCGACCUGAAAUCAUGGACCAGCCUGGGUAAAGUCCUCGACUUCAAGGAUGUCUCUUGGAGCACAAACAGGGCGGCAUGGGCUCCCUCCGUUGCCUUCAAAAAUGGGUCAUACUACAUGUAUUUCUCUGCUGGGGAUGGCGCGGGGCUAGGAGUUGCGCGAUCGAGCUCGCCAGACGGCCCCUUCAAGGAUGCGCUGGGCAAGCCAUUGAUAUCAGAAUCGUACUUUGGUGCGCAGCCCAUCGAUGCCGACAUCUUCAUCGACGAUGAUGGGAGGAACUACCUCUAUUAUGGUGGGCACAGCCAUGGCGUUGUCGUUGAGCUGAACGAUGAUAUGAUAUCGUUGAAGGGGGAGGUUAAGGAGAUCACGCCCAAGGGCUAUGUCGAGGCCCCGUGGAUGCUGAAACGGAAGGGCAUAUACUACUUUAUGUAUAGUACCGGAGGUAAGGGCCCUCUCGGGCCCUUUGAUGGAGAGCCUGUCAAGAUCUUGCAAGGAGACCUGGCAAUCGGAACAGGAACCGGCCAUAACAGCGUGUUCUCGGUCAAGGAUGACUACUAUAUUGUGUACCAUCGACGAUUCCCGAACGACAACGAGAGAGACCACCGAGCCACAUGCAUCGAUAGGAUGUACUUCAAGGACGACGGUGAAAUCGAGCCCGUCAAGAUAACGACAGAGGGCGUGGAGGCGCGAGUUCCGUGGUGA